AUGGUAUGUGUCACUACACCCAAGUUCUCACUCAUGUUGAAUGGUUCCACUCAUGGUUUUUUUGCAUCUAAAAGAGGGUUAAGGCAGUGGGAUCCCCUGUCACCCUUACUCUUUGUUGUGUAUGACCUCAUUCUAUGCUGUAAAGGGGAGACAACUUUUAUUUCAAUGCUUCUUCAAUGCUUCAAACUGUUCUCUGACACUUCUGGUCUGAAGGCUAACAUUCAGAAGUCCGCUUUUUAUUGUGCUAGUAUGCAGCAAGAGGUAAUUAAGCAGGUUGUGGAUCUUUCUGGGUUCACCAUUGGCACUUUCCCUUUCAGAUACUUUGGAGUACCAAUAUAUUUCAAGAGAAUCACAAAUGCGGAUUGUGAAAGCUUGGUGGAUAAAAUGCUGGCUAGAAUCAAGAUAUGGAGUUCAAGGAAUUUGUCUUUUGCUAGUAGGAUCACUCUCAUCAAUGCUGUGUUGAUGAGUAUCCAUUCUUACUGGGCUCAGGUGUUUGUUCUCCCUAAAUAUGUUCUUAAUACUGUGGAGACUAUCUGUAGAGCUUUCUUGUGGUAA